GGGAGCCACACAUUCAGACGCUUGGCUCUGCUCUGCUCUCUUCUCCUCCAUGGCCAUUGUUGCACUCUCUUACUGCAAACCCUCGCUUCAUCCUCUUCGAUUUCAUCCUCACUGCGGGAAAUUGUGGAAGAGAGAAAAUGUGGGGAGGUCAAGAGGAGCAUCCACAGUUACUGCUAUGUUCUGGAGGUCCGACAAAUCUCCGCAAGUACGAGAGUUCGAUAUUUCACUUGCCAAUUAUCCUUUAACUGGAUCAGGCACCCAGGAAGGGCAAAAUGUCAUUUCACUUUCAGUAGUUUCUUCAAUCUCAGAGAUAACACCAUCUGAAUGGGAUGCAUGUGCCUUGGAUUCUUCACAACCUCAAAGCUAUAAUCCUUUUCUUAUGCAUGGCUUCCUCUCCAGUUUAGAAGACACUGGCUGUGCCACUCGGGAAACAGGUUGGAUGCCAUUACACAUUGUUGCAAAAGAUGAAUCUGGUCAUGUUUUGGGCGUUUCUCCCCUUUAUCUCAAAAGCCACUCCUACGGUGAAUUUGUUUUUGAUCAUUCCUGGGCUGAUGCAUACCGUAGUUUUGGUGGAAGAUAUUAUCCUAAGCUCCAGUCUUGUGUUCCUUUCACCCCUGUUACUGGGCCUAGGAUUCUCAUCCGUGAUACUCCUUUCAAAGACCAAGUUUUUGAUGCUAUUGUCUCUGCCAUGACUCAAUUGGCUGCUAAGCUACAAGUUUCAUCUUUGCACAUUACCUUUCCCUCUGGAGCUGAGUGGAACAAGUUGAAGGAGAAAGGCUUCUCGCAGAGGAUUGGAAUGCAGUACCACUGGAAGAAUCGUGACUAUAAAAAUUUCGAUGAGUUCUUGAUGGAUAUGAAGCAAAGCAAAAGGAAAAACAUCCGGCAGGAACGCAAAAAGAUUGGUACCCAGAACUUAAAAAUGAGACGGUUGCGAGGAGACGAAAUAAAGGCUCGGCACUGGGAUUCAUUCUAUGAUUUCUACAGAAACACGACUGAUAACAAAUGGGGAACACCUUAUCUAACAAGAGAUUUUUUCCACUACAUGGCAUCAAAAUUGGGGGAUGGAGUAUUACUUGUUCUUGCUGAAGAAAAUGAAGAACCUGUUGCAGGAGCAUUGAAUCUAAUCGGUGGAGAUACUCUUUUUGGGCGAUUAUGGGGAUGUCGUCCUGACUCUUAUUAUCCUAGUCUCCAUUUUGAAGCGUGCUAUUACCAGGCAAUCGAAGCAGCAAUAGAGCUUAAUCUAAAAACGGUAGAAGCAGGAGCUCAGGGUGAGCAUAAGAUUCAGCGGGGCUACCUUCCAGUUAAAACAUAUAGUUGCCACUACAUUAUUGAUGAAGGCUUCAGGCAAGCCAUAGACGAGUUUUUAGUACGUGAAUCAAAUCAGGUGGAUUAUGUCAUCAAGCUGUUGCGUGAAUCUGGACCGUUUAAAGAGACAAUAGAAUAGAAACUUGACCAAAUAUUACUGUAUAUCUUAUUCUUAUUUACAUAGAUUGUAUAAGCCUUUGGUGUAUUUGUGGUACAUUGUGUGUGGUGUAUAUGUUCAUUUCUUAUUUGGAUUUGGGUGCUUCUUUUCUUCUUCUCUAUGAUCACAGUAAAUCAAAUAUUUAGUUUAUAAGAAUUUUACA